ACUGGGAGGGGACUGUGGGGGAGCUAGGUAAUGAUUUGUCACUCCAAGGUCUUGGGGUUGUCUCUCUUUGCAAAGGAAACCUUGGCCAUGAUUGACAGCAGGGCUGUUUUGGCCUGUUCCGUUGCUGUUGACAAGUAAUAAUGAAGCUUUGUCAAGCCAUAAUGGAUAUGGAUAUGCCAGAUUAUGUCGAAUCCCUGGACUCCUCUUACACCAUGCUGGAGUUUGAAAACCUGCGGGUGCUGCCAACUAACACGGCUGUGCAGAAUGAACGGGACAGGAUUAGCAUUCGCAGGAGUAGCUACGAGGACAAUGGAUCCCUGUCAAUCACUGUACUGACCCAGGCUGAGGCUAUGGCACAGCAGUACUCAGCUCUGAGUCCAGUGCACAGUGCUGAUAUUGCGAUGAAGAAGGUUGCAACCAUCAAUGAUGUGUGUGAGUCCAUGAAACAGCAGCUUUUAGCCCUUGUUGAAUGGGCGAAAUAUAUCCCAGCAUUCUGUGAACUUCCACUGGAUGACCAGGUUGUCUUGCUAAGAGCCCAUGCAGGAGAGCACCUACUCCUGGGAGUUGCUAAACGGUCAAUACCAUAUACAGAUUUUCUAUUAUUAGGAAAUGAUUUCAUCAUUCCAAUGCACUGCCCAGAACUGGAAAUUGCUCGCGUAGCCAUUCGAAUCCUGGAUGAGUUGGUAAAGCCCUUACGUGACAUCCAGGUUGAUGACAAUGAGUAUGCGUGCCUCAAAGCAAUCAUAUUUUUUGACCCAGACUGUAAAGGCCUGAGUGAGCCUGGGAAGGUGAAGAACAUGCGAUUCCAGGUGCAGGUCAACCUGGAGGAUUACAUCAACGACCGGCAGUACGACUCUCGAGGGCGGUUCAGCGACAUUCUUCUCCUCCUGCCGCCACUCCAGAGCAUCACCUGGCAAAUGAUAGAGCAGGUCCAAUUCAUGAAACUCUUUGGCGUGGCGAGGAUUGACAGCUUGCUGCAAGAAAUGCUUCUGGGAGGAACCACUCUUGAUGUACAGUACCAAUCAGGACCUUCCAACCUCGACCUGGAACCUCUGCCAGGACACGCAGCUUUAACAAACAUGAGUUCUGUGAUUCACACAGUUCCAAACCCAUCUCCAGAAACAUCCCUUCCUUCUCCGUCUACCAGCACAGGAAGCGAAGACUACAAACUAGGCCCAACCGCAGGGCCAGAGGCCGUUGUGAAAAUACUGCCUCAGACCAUCGUACCCAAGCAAGAGAUUUUAUAAGGGACAGGAAAAGAAGCCAACAGCAAUACCCAGUGUCCCUAUGUAAAGUUAAACCAUCCCUGCUUUCUGCCAUGGCAAUGCCCAGCAAUUGCCUGCUUAUAACGAGAUCUGAUGAUGACACCCUUUCCUGUCAGUGAUUAAAAUGGCACCGUCAUUAGACUGUGGCUCACCAAUGUUCUCUAUCAUCACCCCCUUUACUGGAGCAGCCCGGACUUGAAGCUGUUGUUCAUUUUAGAACCACCAAGGCUGUAAGCUCAUUGGAGCAGGGACUUCUUACUUCAUGUUUGUACAGCACUGGGGGGGCCCUGACUACAGGAAUAUAAAUAAGUAUCUCAUAUAGCUAUUGUUGAUUGCUAAUGAGCAUGCUAUACCUCAAAUAGAAACAGACCUUCUCACUCUGCCUAUUAAAAGUUGAAGUACAUGCCCAUCACUCCUGGUGUCCUUCAAGCUAAAUCUAGAAAGCCUGUCUGAAGCAUAGAUCAGAGAUGCUCUUUAUAACCUACAGGAGAUUAUGGCUUCCUUAUGCCACACAGACCUGGUAUUGUACAAGAUUUUUAUGCUGUUAUU